CGGCUGUUAAAAGCAUAACAACACCACUAUCAAUGUCAGAGUCAGUAGUCAGUUUAGUAGCUAUAGAUAGGGUCUAAAUCUCAGUGAUAGCAACACUUGUUUGUGUUAGUGUGUAAAUCUAUGACUAAAACUAAACAAAUCGCGGAUUUUUGUUGAUAAGCAAUGAAUUUAAAAUAUUAACGUGCAUCUGCUGAGACAAAACUUUGAAAUUUGAAACAUGCAGUGUAUAUGAUAAAAAACUCUUCAUGUGAAAAUGGCAUCCACUUUUGCAUCCGUACGCCGUAAAGUUCCAUAUGUGGUAUCUGGCAUUAGUACAUGUUACUGCACUUUUAGAUUUAUAUGUGGACUUGGAAAGUGUGAAGAUGUUUCCAUGGAACCUACAAUUCAACAUGGUGAUUUAGUACUCAUAUCACCAUAUUAUGUAAAUCAUCAACUUUUACAAAAAGGAGAUGUUGUCUUUUGCCGAUCACCAAAGAAUCCUAGAGCUAUCAUUUGUAAACGUCUUGUUGGGAUGGAAGGAGACACUGUGUAUAAUGAUGAAAAAGGAUUUGAAGAAUAUGUUGAUAAAGGACAGAUAUGGUUAGAGGGAGAUAACAAAUGUUGCAGCAUUGACUCUCGUACAUUUGGACCUCUUCCUUAUGGCCUUCUUAUUAGUAAAGUUGCUCUUCGGCUGUGGCCACCAGAAAGAUUUGGAUUUCUAGAACUACCUAAGCGGUUUCGGAUGCCACCACCUUGUUCAACAUGAAUUAUGUCAUUUGAUAACUUAACCAUCACUCAAAGAAUGAAGUGGAAGUUGGAUGCUUUUUUAGUUAUUUUUUAUAUUAUAAAUGAAGAGUAUUGAAGUUUUUUUUUUAAGCAUAAUUUAUUCUGUGAUGUCUGAUGCUUUAUGGCAAAAACAGGUCAGGUGUAUUAGUUAUUUGAUAAACCAAGCCUAUUCUACCUUUUUUUUUUUGUUACACUUUGGGCUUUGGAAUACAACUCAGAAAUGGAUUAUUAGAUUAUACUUAAACGGUUUGCUCUUUAACAAAAUACUUAAAACAUUUAUAUACUGGUAUAUUAAACUGAAUCAUAACUAAAUACAUAUAAGUAAAAUGAUUUGCUUAAAGACUAAUGUUUCUGUUACAUUAUAUAAAAUGACUACAAGUAUUUUGACAUGCAACUCCAAUGUAUAUAUAUAUAUAUAUAGCAUGUCUUCUGUCUGUGACAGUAUAAUUAUGCCUAGUUUUAAAACUGUUUGAUUAAAAAAUUUAUAAC